AUGUUUAUCCUAACCACCAUCUCCGAUCUGAUUCAGAUUGCACCCCAAGACUUCUCCAAGUUCAGCGCAGUUGCGAUUGAAGACAACAUUAAUGAGAAAUAUGCCAACAAGGUCAUUCAAAAAAUUGGCCUAUGUAUCAGCUUCUAUGACCUACUUGAGUCUUCAGAUGGCUUGAUUGGCCAUGGAACCGGUCUUGUCAACGUUAAUGUCAAAUUUCGGAUGAUCGUCUUCCGCCCUUUCAAGGGGGAGAUCAUGCUUGGAAAGAUUGCAAGUGGCACUGAACUCGGAAUCAAAAUUGGUGUGGAAUUUUUCAACGAUAUCCUAAUCCCACCUGAGCUUCUGCUCCCCGGCGCGAAAUUCGACUAUGCUGAUCAAGUAUGGACAUGGGAUAACGAUGACGGCACCACCCUGUACUUCGAUGUCGGAGAAGUUGUCCGUUUCCGUAUUGAGACGGAAGAAUGGCACGAUCAGGUCCCUAAUGGUCCAGACAGCGAGCAAACUAUCACAGAAAGAAAAGCUCCGUACUCGAUUAUUGGCUCGAUGCAAAUGGGAGGUCUUGGACCCGUUACUUGGUGGUAG